AUGUCGGACGAAAAAGGAAAAUUUGUUUUGGCGAAUGUUUCUCCUGGAAUGCACGUCUUGGCUGUAGAAAAAGAACAUUUUGAAUUUAAUGAAUUAAAUUUUGAUGUUUCUUCAAAAACAAAAAAAUUAAUUAAAUUCUUUCCAAACAGAAUAGCAGUUUGUGGACAAAUUUUGUCUGCCGAUGAACUAGAAAAAAUUUCUUUUAAAGUUUAUUCACUAGAUGAAAAUGUUUUUAUUGAUGGUGUUGUAACAAAUUUUGAAGGGAGAUUCUGUAAGAUGCUUACACCAGGAAAAUAUUUAAUUACGCCAAUUUCUAAAUUGCUUCUUUCACCAAGUAAAGUGGAAAUUGAUUUAAAAGAAGAGCCAAUUCUCGAUUUAAAAUUUACUCAACACAAAUCAAAAAUUAGUGGAACAAUCAAAUGCCUUAAAAAAUGUGGAAAAAUUUCAAUAAAACUUUUUGAUGAACAUGGAGAAAUUGUGGAUGAAUUUGUUAAUACAAAAGGAGAUUACUAUUUUAAUGACGUGCUACCAUCAAAAUAUAUAGUAAAAAUCUUUGACGAACAAAACUUUUUGUGGGUUGAAAGUGAAAAGAAUAUAAUUGUUGAAGGUGAUGAUAUUAAAGAUUUAGACUUUAUUCAAAAAGGUUAUUUCUUGGAAAUUAAAUCAUCAAAGUCAGCACUUUUGAAAUAUUGGUCUGAUACAAAAGAGAACCGGAAAACGGAAGAAUUACAAUUAAAAGAAGGGGAAAAUAAAAUUUAUUUUGAAGAAGAAAAUAAAUAUUAUUUUUCAAUUGAAUCUUGUCAUGAAUUUAAAGUUGAAGGGAUUGAUGAACAACAAAAAUAUUUUAAUAUUCCUUCAAAUAUUCCUUUAAUAUUAACUGCUGUAAGUUCUUCUGUUACUGCUUUUGUCCAAACUGAUGUUGAAGAUAAUACUCUUGAAAUGGAAUUGAGAGAGAAACCAACCAAUGAAGAACAAACUCUUCAAAAAGUUUAUUCAACAAAUAAAGGCAAAAUGUUUCUCUUUUCAUUAAAUAAUUCUAAAAUUGGAAAUAAAUAUCAAUUUAUGCCAAAAUCUAAUAAACUUUUGUUUAUGCCAAAAUUGGUGGAUUUUGAAUUUAAUGGCGAAUGUGAGGGUGUAGUAGCUUCAUUUAAUAGCCAAAUUGGGAAAUUUAUUAAAGGAAAGGUGGAACCUUUAGUUGAAAAUGCUUUUGUGAAAGCAAUACAUAAAACGGAUGAGAGUGAUGUAUUGACAACUAAUACAGACAAUAAAGGAUUGUUUAGUAUUGGACCUGUUUGGAAAGAAGAAGAUUUUUCUAUUGAAAUAAUCAAGGAAGGAUUUAUUUUUGUUAAAAUGGCUGAUUAUCCCAACAGUUUUACUUCAAUUAAAUUAACACAACUUCGAAUACAAUUUUUGGAAGAAAAGACAAAUAAACCUCUUUCUGAUAUUUUAGUUUCGAUUAGUGGAGGUUCAAAUUUUCGUUCAAAUAAUAUUACAAACGAAACUGGGCUUUUGAAAUUUAUUGGAUUGAUGCCUGGAUCUUAUUUUAUUCGUCCAAUUUUACAAGAAUAUAAAUUUAAUUCGAGUUCUUUUUCUUUUCAAAUAAAUGAAGGAGAAGAAAAAGAAUUAAUUUUGGAAGCAAAAAGAAUUGCUUACAGUGCUUUUGGAAAAGUUUCAACAAUUGGAAGUAGAAAUUUUAAAUUUCCAAUCCGUGUUGAGGCUAUUUCUGUUGAAUGUGAGAAUCAUCAGGAGGAAGAUUUAAUAGAUCAACGUUCUGGUGAUUUUCGAAUUAAAGGACUUAAACCUCAAUGCAACUAUCAAAUUUCUUUAAAAAAUUCUGAAGGAGGUGAUAGUAUUCCUGCCUUUCCUUCUUUUUUUAAUUUUAUUGUUGGAACAGAAAAUAAAAAUGAUAUAAAUUUUUCAAUUUUACCUUCUGACCGUCCAUCUCCAAUAGUUAUUGGAGAAAUUGAAAUUGAGCAAACAAAAAAUUCUAAUGGAUUUAGAGUUGUUUUAUUGGAAGAUAAUAAUGCAAUUAAUGAACAAUUAAUUAAAAGUCAUUCUUCUUUGUUUGAAUAUUCAAUUAUUGUUGAUUUAAUUGAUUCAAAACAAUCAAAAAUGGAUUCUGUUUCAGUCAAUUUCUUUGCAAAUUCUCAAUUUAAUUAUGUUAGGUAA